UUACUCCGUUACUCCGGUGGAUGCGGCCGCUGCGGAGCUCCGGUGCCGUUAACGGAGGAACCGUGACGUUACCGGAGCAGAAACGGAGGACUUUUCCCGCGGUGUUGCAUCGCAGCGUGAUGCGUUGUGAUGGAGGAGGCGGAGCAAAGCCGCUACGUCACUCAGCUCAAGGCCGAGUUCGACAGCUGCGACACGACGGCGACCGGCUUCCUGGACAGAGACGAGCUGACGGAGCUCUGCAGCAAACUGCAGCUGGACGCACACCUGCCCCUGCUGCUGGACACGCUGCUGGGAGGGCGGAGCUACAGCAGGGUGAACUUCGAGGAGUUUAAAGAAGGCUUUGUGUCCGUUUUGUCUCGUUCUCUGGACUUCAGCACCUCAGAGGACGACAGCAGCUACCUGGAGCCAGCGGCUCCAGAGGAGGUGAAGCCGAAGUUUGUGAAAGGAACGAAGCGUUAUGGCCGCCGCUCUCGUCCCGACAGCACACCUGAGGCCGCGCUCACCUGCGACUCGGAGGACUCGCCGCCGUGCAGAACCGAGGCGUCGGAUUCGUCGCCGAUCGGCGUCCGCAGAGCCAAGCUGAGACGGGCCACGUCUCUGGAGAGCGUCGAGAGCCUGAAGUCAGACGAGGAGGCAGGAAGUCAGAAGGAGAGCAUCCAGACUGAAGGUCGUCAGCAGGAAGAGGUGGAGCUCGGGGUUGGUGGAGGGCGCCAUGUGCUGACGGCGGUGUGUGACCACCUGGGUCUGCAGCACCUCCACACUGAGGACGUGGACGUGCUGCUCAGGAAGCUGGACGCCGACCUGGAAGGCAGAGUCAGCAUCAGGGAGUUCAAGAAGGUGCUGUGUGGCUCCGCCCCCAUGUCCUGCUCCACCCCCAUACGAUCAGCCGACCUGCAGAGGGCGCCACAUGGGACUCAGACGGUUCUGGAGGAGCGCUCAGCCCGGUCUGCCUCGUCCUCCCUGCUCAGCGCCACCGUGGGUCAGAAGGUCCUCAGCCGGCUGGACGACGGCUCGGGAUCCACCAGCCCCGACCAGGUCAUCGGCCUCUGGACCGAGGAGGGCAUCAGGAACAGCCGGGACAUCCUGCAGGUCAGUGUGGACCAGAACCAGGACCGGUCAGAACCAGGUAGGACUGUGACCAGGACCAGAGACCUGGAGCAGGACUUCCGUGAUAGGCUGACUGCGCUGCGCAGCCAGUCAGAGCAGGAGAGCGAGGCGCUGCUGCAGCAGGCGGACAGAGAGCGCAGCGCCAUGCAGGAGGAGCUGCAGCUGCUGCGGGCGCAGGAGGCGGAGCUUCAGGAGGAGCUGAGCAGCGCCAAACAGGAGAACCUUCGUCUGGACGAAGAACUGAACUCUGUGAAGCUGCAGCUGAACGAAGCUCAAAGUUCAGUCAGCAAACUGCAGAAGGACCUGGACCAGCUGCUGAACGACAAGUUUGGCAGCUUGGACCCGGCCGGCACCGGUCAGAGCCAUGAGGAGCGGUUCUCCGAGAUCGUCAAAGAGUACGAGCUGCAGUGCAGGGAGCUGCAGGACAGAAACGAUGAGCUGAGCUCAGAGCUGGAGCUGCUGAAGAGUCAGAGGAAGAACCGAAGGUCUGCAGGAGACGACGACACAACGCUGAGCUGGAGACAGCAGCACUCUGACUCUGACGACUCGGACAUGAAGCGAAGCUCGAGUCCUGCGAUCAGGAAGAAGCUGCAGCCGGCGGACAAAUCUGCUCUCUGCUCAUUGGACGACGUGUCCGGUCCGGCUGUGAGCAUCCAGACUGAGCUGGCUCUGGAGCAGCUGAAGCAGAACCACAGCCAGGAGCUGCAGCAGCUCAACAUCCAGCUGGAGACGCAGGUGAACUACUACGAGCGCAGCCUGGACCUGAUGAGGCAGAGCAUGGAGGUGGAGCGCAAAGACAUUUCUCAAGCCUUUAAGCUGGAGAUCAGUGAGCUGGAGGAGCAGAAGUCUGAGGCCGAGCAGCAGGUGAAGCAGCUGAAGGAGGCUCUGGACAAACUGCACGCCCAGAUCCAGCAUGGAGGAGGAUGGAGCAGCGAGCAGGAGCGAAGGACGCAGCGGGAGCGGGCCGAGCUGGAGCAGAACUUUGCCAGAGAGAUCGGGAACCUGGUGCAGAGGCUGAGCGCCGAGAAGGAGCAGCUGGAGGCCGAGCUGAAGCUGAAGACGGACCAGGAGGUGAUGCUGGUCAGAGACGAGGCACAGCAGCAGCUCGCCCACAUGAAGCUGCAUCACGCCGAGUCGCAGCGCCGCCUGCUGCACCAGCUGCACCGCGAGCGCCAGCGGCUGCAGGAGCAGAGGGGAUUCUGGGAGAACCGGCUCGCCCGGUCGGAGGAGCAGCGCCAGGAGGAAGUCCGGAACCUGAAGGAGCGGCUUGCUGAGGCAGAGGAGGCCGGCCGAUCGGCAGCCGACCUGCGGGAGCAGCUGGAGGCCCGGCUGCAGGAGAGCAUCGGCUUCCUGGAGUCGCACGAGGUUCUGAAUAGACGUCUGGCAGCGGAGAAGAGUUCUGUGGAGGAGCAGCUGCAGCAGCAGCUCUCAGAACUGCACGUCGAGUCCAAAACCUGCAGCCGCCUCUCCGGCGCCGUGGCCCAGCAUCAAGCGCAGCUCAGAGCCAGAGAACAGACCGUGGCCUUCCUCAGAGCUGAGCUGGAGAACCUGCAGGAGGCGCUGAGGACCAAAACCGAGUCCAUCUCCAGGCUCUCUACCGAGCUGGACUCCCUGAGGACGGACCGGGCCAGACUGAUCCAGGACCUGAAGGACCAGGCAAUGGCCGUGGACAACCUGCAGCUGCAGCUGGACGGCGUCUCUAAGGAGCUGGACGUCCGCAGGAGCAGCGAGGAGAGUCUGCAGGAGGCUCUGAGGCAGGAACAGACCAGAACCUCACAGCUACGGUCCAAUCUGGACGAGGAGAAGGAGGAGGUGUGCCGGCUGAGCCAGGAGAACCGGAGCUACAUCCGGCUGGCUGACCAGCUCUCCACCCAGAUCGUGGAGAUGGAGGAGGAGAUCUCGACGCUCCGAGACCACCUGAAGGAGCUCAGCCAGCAGCUCAACGACACCGCAGACCUGGUUCUGGACCUCCGGACCCAGCUCAACGCCAGAACCAGCAAGGCUGCAGAGCAGCAGAAAAAGACUCCAGAGAGUCACAGUGAGGUUCUGCAGCUGAGAGCUCAGCUGGAGGUCCGAGACGCAGAGUUGGACCGGGUCAAGGACAAACUCCUCCAGCUGCAGCGGGCCCUGCAGGACUCCCAGAACCAGCUGGAGGCCCUGCAGAACUCCCAGAACCAGACACAGCAGGACUUUCAUGAGGAGAAAUGGAGGCUGACGCAGCAGCUACUGGAACUGGAGCAGCUGGUUCUGGCUCUGGAGGAGGCUUCGGACCCGCCCGCUCCGCUCAGAACCCAGCUGGAGGAGGUCCGGUCAGAGAACGGAGCUCUGCAGGAGAGACUGAGCGUCCUGCAGCAGGAGGUCCAGAACCUGGAGGAGGACGUCGCCAAGAAGAGGAGGAGGCUGGAGGAGAUGGAGAGGGAGCACCAGAGGAGCAGAGAAGAGGAGGAGAGGCUGCACAAGGAGAACUCCAAGUACCGUGAGGAGGUUCUGGAUCUGAGCAGCAGGAACCUGCAGCUGAGCAAUGACAACGCCGAGCUGAGCGCCCGUCUCCGUGGAGACCAGGAGUCGGUCCGGAUGCUGCGGGAGCGCCUGGCGACGGUGUCCAAGGAGCAGGAGGACGAGGAGGUGACGGUGCGGCGGCUGCAGGAUGCAGCGAUGCAGCAGGAGAGAGAGAAGCUGCAGCAGCAGGCCACCUGGAUGCAGGAGAAGCAGCUGCUGCAGAAAGAAGUGAGCUGCUGCAGGGAGAAGCUGAGCCGGCAGGCGGAGACGGAGGCGGAGCUCAGCGGCGCCACUCUGAGGCUGCAGUGGUUGGAGGAGGACAAAGACAAGCUGCUGAGAGACGCCGAGGACAGAAACAACAAGGUGCAGCAGCUGCAGCAGCACGUCGUCUCUCUGGAGUCGGAGGCGGAGCUUCUUCGCUCUCAGCUGCAGGCCGUCAGUCAGGACCGGUUGGACCACGCCCACGAAGUGGGCGAGCUGCAGAAGAAGCUGCAGGAGGCCCAGAGCAAGGUGGAGGAGCUGGAGGGCGGAGUCAGGAGGCUUCUCAGGGAAGAGGAGGAGCUCCGUCAGGCCUCCGUCAGCCUGCAGCAGGAGAGGCACUCACUGAGGGCCCACAACCAGGAGCUCCAGAACCAGGUGUCACAGCUGCAGGUCCAGGAUCUGCAGGUCCAGAACCUGAGCCAGGAGCAGCAGAACCUGAGGAGCAGGCUGACGGAGAUGGAGGCGGCUCGGACUCAGGCUGAGGAGCAGGUGGUCCGGGCCGACGCCGCCCUCACCGUGGUGCAGGCGCAGCACCUGCGGCAGCUGCAGGAGCUGCAGGAGCGAGCAGGCGGUGGUCGCAUAGAGCAGCUGCAGGAGCUGCAGGAGCAGCUGGUGGAGGAGCAGAGGAGGAGUCAGCAGCUGGAGGAGACGGUGAAGCUGCAGCUCCAACAGAGCAGCUCCCAGAUCAGCCUGAAACAGGACCAGCAUGAGAAGGCGAUGGCGGCGCUGCAGCAGAGAGUCCAGGACCUGGAGGUCAAACUGAAAGGAGUCCGUCUGGUUCUGCAGGAGAAAGUCCAGCAGCUCAAGGAGCAGAUGGCGAGGAGCAGCAAGGCGGGCGUGCUGCUGAAGGAGCUGUACGUGGAGAACGGCCAGCUGAUGAAGGCGCUGCAGGUCACCGAGCAGCGGCAGAAACAGGCCGAGAAGAAGAGCUCGCUGCUGGAGGAGAAGAUCGGAGCGCUCAACCAGCUGCUGAGGGAGAUCGUCCCCGCCUCCCUCGCCACGUAGCCCCACCCCCGUCGGUCUCACGGCCAAUCGCCAGCCGGGCUGCAGGCGUUUGUGUCGUCAGAGCUGCAACGUCAGUCGACUGUCGAUCGAUCAAACACCCGACAUUUUACAUGAAACCGUUUUUGUCUUGUGAAAUGCGACGACCUGAUGCUUGUGUGAGUCAGACACUCGACCGUUGGACUGUGAUGAUGAACUCUGUUUUCUGAUAUAUUACAGUCGGUGUCAUGACGACACAACCGCCGCCGCCGCUGCUUAGAGCUUCGUGUCUGUCCAGCUGAUGGAGCCAAACUGAACACGUUUUAUUUUUCAGGCUAAAUGUCCAACCUUUGCUGUUUUUCCUAGAAGUGACCCGAUGCUUGUGUGCUGGUCAGGUUCUCUCUGGACAAAUAGAUGAAUUAGUUCAUUUAACGUUCAACUACUACAUUUAAAUCUAAAUGUGAGGACCUGAUGCUUUCAUCUGGCCUUCUGUCCUGAGACACAGAGAAGCUGCGAUGGCUGACUGCUGGACGCUUUGGCUCAGUGAUCAUUUAAGUGAAGCUAACGAGGACAGCUGCUGCUCGCUCGUGUCUCUGACACCAAACCUUUAAACCAGCUAAGAUCUGUCAGCGCAUUUUAACAUGAGAAACAGCUGCAGAUGAGCUUUCUGCCGAUCAAUUUAUCGAUAAAUCAGCAUUACGCAGCUUCAGCAUCAGGGAGGCUCCGACAAACCGUGCUCACCUGGAAGAUCUGCACACCUGAAAAGUCCACCUGAACCACCAACUGCAGCUCAACAUUCAGGCUGCUGCUAUGUGACGGAGGCGACUCAGAUCAGAUGUCUGGUUGAGUUUCUGUGAAACAAGAAACUGCUGCUGCAGAGCCGACUUCUGCUCGCCGCGUUCAGGAAGGAAGUUGUGUUAAAUGAGUAGAAAUGGUUCAUAGAUUGACGUCAGCGUCGAUCCGAACUUUAUCUUAUCAUCAUUUUCUAGUUUUCUAAAUAAAACGAUUUAUUCUCAGAC